CUCUGCUGUGACUGUGUAUCACUUCAGAUGCUCAGACAGAAUUAAAAAUGCGCUCCUCCGCCUUGUCACCAGUGUUGUGCGCAUUUUCUUGACAAGCCCGUGUUCCCACAGCAUGGUGCUCGGACUCAGAGGCUCAGCACUGUCUUCAUACAUAACCAUUAAACUCUCUCGGACGCCUAAUUAGACAGCAGAGCACGCACAGCGCCGCGCAGCACCUGUUCCCACCUUCAGAGAGAAGAUGCAGGAGGUGGGCGGUACCCAGCGAGGCUCUCAGCGGGCCUUCAGCGUCCUGGAUCGUCUGCUGGUCACUCAUCCUGUGUGGCUGCAGCUGUCACUCAGCCAAGACUCUGCACUCUACAUCCUGCUCAGAGAGCCUGUUGGGACCUUUUUGGUGCGUAAAUGCAGCUCCAGCCAGAGGAAGGUGCUGUGUUUGAGAGUGGCAGCGGACAAAAGUGCCUCCUCUGUUAAGGAGUGCUUCAUCUGUGAGGAGGACUCCACUUUCGCCUUGGAGAGCUCUUCACUCAGCUUCCCAGACCUGUGUCGACUGGUUGCCUUCUACUGUAUCAGCAGAGAUGUGUUGCCCUUCCCGCUGCAGCUACCAGAGGCCAUUGCUAAAGCCACAACACACAGACAGCUGGAGGCCAUCUCACACAUGGGACAAGACUUCUGGAGUGCACCGAGUGCUUCAGAGAUCCAAAACGGGCCGAUGGACUCGGUUGCGUCAACCAGCGACAGCCAGGGUCAGACGUCAAUGAACCAGGACCGAUGUACCCUGCUCAACCGGGGUAGACAAGGCAAACUUUGCUUCAUCAACCCACUCUUCCUACAGCUGGAGGUUAGCAAGCAGCCACAACUCGUAAACCACAGUGCCUCCAAUAAACGGCACCGCUUCAAACGCAGCAUGCGGCUCCGGCUCUCAGAGUCCUCCAUGAAUCUGUCCCUGGAGGGGAUCGGCUCCUACUCACCUUCCUCGUCAGGGGAGCAGCCCAGCGGGUCAGAGAGGCUGCAGAAGGCCGGCACCAACCCACAGAGAAGAGUUCACCCCGGGGCAGGGGUCCUGAGGAGAACCCCCGCUGUAUCACCGGGGUCUGCAGAGGAAGAGGACAUGAUGUCUGUCUAUGUGCCACAAACAUCUGCAAAGGUGGAGGAGCCUCCACAGCCCCAGCAGUCCGCCCGAGCGGAGGAGCCAGGCAUCGAGGUGGCAGUUCUGGCCCUGGAGCGCCGCCCGGCUCCGUCCCUGGCUGAGCUCGACAGCAACAGCUCCUUCAGCAGCAUGGAUGAGGACAAUGACUCGGAUUCAGAUCCAGAAAGCAUGGCCCAAGCACAAACCCACUUCUACCCGCGCCCACCACUUGUGCGCUCUCGAGGCCGCGGCGGGCUGCACCGUAUGAGCGAGGCAUUUGUGUGUUUCUUUGCUCCGGACAAGCGGCUGACGCGACUGGUGGAGGAGCUGUCCAGAGACAGGCGCUCCACCUUUGGGGGCAUGGUUCAGGACUUCCUCCUGGCACAAAGAGAGGUUCUCAAAUCCCUGGCUUCCUCUUCUUCAUCCUCUUCCUCGUCACGUGUGACCUCUGUGCAGCUCCUGCAGGGUCUGCGCCUCUUUCUGUCCCAGGCGAAGUGCUGCCUGCUGGACAGCGGAGAGCUGGAGCCUCCCAUUGAGACCCUGGUGCCGGAGAACGAGAAAGACCUGGCACUGGAGCGGGCCAUGUUCUCCUGUGUGCUCAGGCCUCUGAGGUCCCACCUUGACAAAGCUCUGGUUGAGCUGCACAAUCAGGACGGCAGCAGCCAGCGUCUCAUCCAAAACCUGCUCCGUCUUAAGGGGGACGCCGCCAUGGAGUGGCUAGGCGUGCGGACGGGCGUCCCUGACAGCCGUGAGGUGGAGAGAGUGAAGCAGAAGCUGGUGCUGAUGCAGAGGACACACUCGCCCAUUGACAAGGUGCUGCUGCUGCUGCAAGUGUGCAAGUGCGUCUACAAGGCCAUGGGGUCCUUACACGGACAGGAAGUGAGCUGGGAUGACUUCCUGCCGUCGUUGUCUUACGUGAUUGUGGAGUGUAACAGGCCUCAUAUCCUGAUAGAGGUGGAAUACAUGAUGGAGCUGCUGGAGCCUUCCUGGCUCGGAGGAGAGGGUGGGUACUACCUGACCAGUGUGUAUGCCAGCCUGUGCCUGAUCCAGAGCCUGGACAGGGAGCAGCCGUUCCCAGGCUGCCUGACGCCGGAGGCCCAAGAGGCGCUGAAGGAGUGGAGCUGCAGACGGAGCCGAGAGGCCCAGAGACAGAAGGAGAACCAGCAGAGCCAGAGGUGCGUUCGGAUAUUGUUCCAGGACGGGGAGCGGAGCGCCGUGCGGACGUUGCAGUGGAGAGCCGGGGAGACCAGCCAGGCCCUGGCGGAGCUGUGCGCCGCCACCUUCGGAGUGUCUGACCCGCAGCAAUACACCCUGUACUGGCGCAGCGGCGGCGAGAUGAGGGCCCUGCCGCCUCAGGCCCAGCCCCAGGACCUGGCCAGCCACAGUGAGGGAGGCCCCUCGCUCUCCUACCUGAGGACCGACCACGACUUCAGCAAGAUGCGGCGGCUCACCAGAGGUGGCGCCGUGGACCUGAGCGAGUCGGUGUGUGAGGAGUGAGUGGGAGGGAAGGGGGGGGAGGAGGAGGAGGAGGAGGAGGAGGAGAUGGAUGGUUGCUCUCGCUUUCUCUCUCUUUCUCUCUCUUGUUCUGUCUCUUUCUCUCCGGCGGUGUGUUGUGUCUCGUCGUGGGUCAGGACUUGUUGUGAAAAACUACAGCCCUUCUCCAGACCAGGAGCAGACCUUAAACGGUAAACUCUUCCCUAAAUGGACCAACAUGCAGUGCACAGCAGGACCAACAUAGGGACUGUUACCAAAAGUUGUACUAUGUACCACUCAGUGUGGCUGCUGGUGUAAAGGAGUGUACUAUUUGUGACAUGGAAAAUGUGUAAUAAAUGGAUUUGGUUGUUAUUUGAAACAUGAACCCAGAGUUAUACCAUGAAGGGAUUACAUCAUUAAAACGUGAGGAGGCUCAAAUCCAAAGACAAAUUCUGUGAGGCUACUGUUGCCUGGAAACAAAAUCACUUCCUGUACGCACACGAGAAGGCAAGUUGUCCACCGUGGUGAUGUAACCCUUUCACAGUAUAGUUCUGGGCAAAUCUAAAAGACACUUGGAUGUUUUAUUACUUCACUUUUAUGUGUAAAAGUCUGCAGAUCUUCGAAUGGAACCAUGUUGUUAAAGGGUUUGGGGAUGCAAACCUUUCUGUGCCCCCCUGGAAUACAGUUUGACAAAAAGGUGAGAUGUGUUAUAGCCAAGACCAAACCUCAAUACCAAAGUGACAAAAAAAGAAUAAAGAUAAAGAGAGGCCAUUUUGUGAUACAACAGGUGUUUACUCUGAAAGAAAUCAGGUUUACAAGCUCGAAGGAAGCUUUAAAUCAGCUGUUUAUUUUUAGAAUCACCCACAGAGACAAUUUUUAUUUUUGCUUUUUGAGAAAAAGCGCAGACUCUCCUCCUUGCUUGUGUAUUCUAUUAAGUGUUUUUGGCAGGUGGAGUAAUGAGCGAGUAGGAGGGAAGUGAUAGAAAAGCAUCAGCUCUCUGUUUUUAAAACCAUGUGAGAAAAAAAAACCCUAACACAUCACAUCGACACACCGAGACAACCUGCAACAGAUUUACUGAAUGACUUGCGAAUGUAUUAAAAUCUUUUUUGCGUGUCAAAGUUUAAUCCUUUUACAACUGCAGUCAUUUCACGUUUCAAUCCACUGCUUUUGAGUUCUACUGUUUCUCUUGGCCGUACUGUAAAAUACCACUGCGUUACAACCUGGACUGACAGGACAGUCAGACCAAUAAACCAGGACCUCACGGUGACUGGUCGAAUGUAAAUGUAAAAGUCACCAGCUUCUGGUGACCCCUGCUGCAAGUCAUCACUAUCAACUGACUGUUCAACUCAGUGUCAUGAUCGAUUAUCAUAUUGUGUAUUUAAAACUAACUUUUAAUUGUUCAAUUUGUUGGGUAGAUAUCAAACCUAAGUAUGGAUUUUCAACAUAUCUGGAGUUUUUAAUCAGCUGAGGAGGUUCAUUUUGAGAACUAUGAUGUGCUUUGAACAUUAUUGCAUGCUUUUUCAUUUAACGUGAAGGUUCUGCGAAUGUGGUGUGUGUGUGCGUGAAGCAUGUGUUCAUUGUGAGAGCUCACUAUUUCUUUUCAGUGUAAAAACACAUUACUGUAUUUUGUCAGGUAACUCAGUAUCGCAAUAAAAAAUUGCAAUAUCUGUUCA